GGUGGGUGGGCGCGGCCGCCGCAGUCGCAGCGGGGCCAUCUUCCGCGGGCCAGGUGGUUCGGCCUGUGCAGCCCGCACCCGUGCCCCUCGCCCGGCCCGAUGGCUCCGCGGCCGCUGAGCCCCUUGGUGCUGGCGCUGGGUGGCGCCGCGGCCGUGCUGGGCUCAGUACUCUUCAUCCUCUGGAAGGCCUACUUCGGGCGUGGACGGGAGCGGCGCUGGGACCGGGGCGAGGCCUGGUGGGGCGCGGAGCCUGCCCGCCUCCCUGAGUGGGACGAGUGGGACCCUGAAGAGGAGGAAGACGAAGAGCCAGUGCUGGAGGAGUUGGAGCAGCGCGAGGUGCUGGUGCUGGGGCUGGAUGGCUCCGGGAAGAGCACGUUCCUGCGCGUGCUGUCCGGGAAGCCUCCGCUGGAAGGCCACAUCCCCACCUGGGGCUUCAACUCUGUGCGGCUGCCCACCAAGGACUUCGAGGUGGACCUGCUAGAGAUCGGUGGCAGCCAGAACCUACGCUUCUACUGGAAGGAGUUUGUGAAUGAAGUAGACGUGCUGGUGUUCAUGGUGGACUCGGCUGACCGGCUGCGGCUGCCCUGGGCCCGGCAGGAACUGCACAAGCUGCUGGACAAGGACCCUGACCUACCUGUCGUUGUGGUGGCCAACAAGCAGGACCUGAGUGAGUCCAUGAGUAUGGUGGAGCUGCAGGAGGAGCUGGGCCUGCAGGCUGUCGAUAGCCAGCGGGAGGUUUUCCUCUUGGCAGCCAGCAUCGCCCCUGCAGGACCCGGCUUUGAAGACCCCGGCACCGUGCAUAUCUGGAGACUGCUCUUGGAGCUUCUCUCCUAGGCUGCCCCCGCCGCCUCACUCGCCAGCCAACCCUGGAGACCCCAGUCCGGCCGCUCCUGCUUCCCGCUGCCAGCAUGGGCCCGAGGCAGGAGCCACGUGGCAGCACAUCCCUUCUCUCCGCCUGUCCUCCAGAGCGGGGCCUGGGCAAGGCCAGGAACCACACAGAAGCCUUCCUGGUGCUGUGGCCAUGAGGCCGAAGUGGGGAGUCAGGUGAGGCUCACUCCAGGCUGGAAGUGGAUCCAGCUUCUCCCAUGGAAGGCACCCUCCUUCUCUGGUGUGCGCAGUGAGGUGCUCAGCGGGCUCAGUUCUCCCCUCUGCCGGUCCCGGUGAUUGAGAACUGGGGUCGUGUCAGAAGUACUGCGGGAACCGGUCCCUCCCGGUGACCUCCCGCCCCUCUCAUGCAGGCCGGUUCUGGGCAGUACACAGUCAGCCUUGGCUCCAAGGCCCAAAGUGUCCUGCAGCCCCAGCUCCACCCAGCUGGCUCGAGGCCCUGGGACCAUCACUUUAAAGGGGUGAUUUCCAUGUUUUUUUCUAAUUUGGAGAUAGAGUUUCCAGCCAUAAAGGUAAGAAGGGCUAGGACGAACCUGGAGAUCCUAGCAGGGAGUUUUCUGAAACCUCCCUGCUUCUGCAAGCCAAGGCCUGCCCGCUAGACGAUGGCAUCAAGCGGUAUUCACCCCUCGCCAGAAAAACGAAAGGCUUUUCUCCCCCACACGUGGAGACAGAAGCUGCUGCUCUUGCAUUAACUGUGCCAAUGCCCAUGUUUCCAGAAGUCGGGAAGGAGCCUAUGUGCCUGGGGAGAAGACUGUCAACUGGAGCUGGGUGUUGGCCUCAGAACUGCGUUUUAUUUAUUUAUUUAUUUAUACAAGGAACAGACCAAAGUUUCAGGUUCUGUGUCUAGGUGCUGUUAUCAAAACCCCAGAUGACUGUCAUGGAAAAUCUGUGUCUUUGAUGAAAAUAGCUGGGAUUGUGAGACAUGUGAUAACCUGCACAUAUCAGUGGAGACAAAGCUCUAGCUCUCCCCCAUCAUUUACAGCUAUAAUCGGUAUCUUACUUUACGUUGAUCCACAUGAAACUUAAACUCCACCACUUGGCCCAGUACGUCAAAAGGACACAACCCCCUUCUGUGUAGAUGGUGAGUCUAGGAGAGGAGAUUUCAAUCAUGUAAAUCCAGGUAAAAAGAAAUGGGAAUUAGCAGAUCAGUCAACAGGGUACCUGAGGCUUUGGUUACCGCAGCCUUUCUGGACCUGCUGAUUCCCCAACUAAAAGUUGGACAGAAUUUCUCUUCUCUCCAGUGCACACUCCAUGAUUCUGUUUCUGGUGAUCAGCUAGUUUAUCUAUAUAUUGACACUUCUCUUUAGUACGGGCAAAGGAAGGAGCCUUUUGUCAGCCAGGGGCCAUUGAGUAAUCAAUAGCCACAGAGGGACUUCUUUUGAGGAGAUAUCCAACUCAGUUUGCUUUUUAAUUGAAAAUAGAGAUGAUGUGCCUUCAUUUCACUUGACAUUGACUCAGUGUGCCUCAGUUCCAUGCUGUGGCCUACGUGAGAAGAGGCACAGGGAGGGAAGGUGGGUGGUAUGCUCCGGAAGUUCAGAAGUGUGACUGUAGUUAGUGGCCUGCUGUGCUCUUGGGCUGUGGGUGUAUCAACAGAAUCACUGUUCUUUGAAAUUCUGAUUAACUUCCUGCCGAAGAAAGAUUUGUCUGCUUUUAUUUUAAAUAUUUAAGGAAUGACUUGGCUUUUAGAGUAGCCUUUGAAAUUUUGCAGACAGCUUUUCAUUUUGACAUUGAAAGAUUGUGAAACUUUACUUCUUUGUUCUGUAAACCCCACCUUGUUCUCCAGUGCUUGACAUUUACCUCUGGAACCAGCAUUGUUGUAGGGCACCCUUUUCUAGUUAAGAUCUGCCUUUGGUCUAAUGAGUAUCAUUAUGUAAUACAAGUUUCAAAGUCCCCAGUGAGGGGAGUGAACUUGAAUAGUUUUACAAUAACUAUACCUAUUUGAGCAACUUCUGAAGACCACUCCCAGAACUGACAGGUCCCAGUGGUACACCAGAAGACGCACACCACUAGGGGGCGGUGCUGAAGGUCCAGAGUACCACCCCUCUGAUGCUUGUGCAGAAUACAGAUCAUCUCUUGACCUGCGGGUGUGCCUCAUCACAUCUGUGGCUGACCACUGUGCUCUACUGGGACUGCUGGCCUGUCCUCCAGGUAGAGCGCCAAACAGCGCUCAUCCGCUCUAGUUUCUGCCAGGACUAGACUGGGCAAAGUAGAGCAACAGGCCUCUCUUGUGAACAGUCGUAUGCCUGGCCUGUGGCGCUCUUACCCAGUUGCUCCUGAGCAUGACUUUCUGAUUCACCAGCCCAGAUCACCUGCUCCUGGGAACCAGCCAUUAUCUGGAGUUCAUCUCAAAGUGAGUUUUCUGAGCUGGCCUGGGUAACACUGCCCCCACAAGACUGCCCCAACACUACAGCUCCCAAAUUAGCUGAACAUGGGAUAGGGGUUAGAUGUCAGCCCCUCUCCUUUUCUAAUGAAGGCAACUGGAAGGCAGGCUCCUGAUCUGAGAGAGCAGGUGGGCACGCCACGUCGAAGGGAAGCUUCUGCUUCUGCUUGCCUGUUGAACCGAUGCCUGAUCAUUCACCCUGGCACUGACGGCUUCUGGUCUUAAGAAUUACUUAAUGCAGUGUGGCUUCUGAUUUUCCAUUCUCUCACCUGCUGUCAACCCUCUGAGGAGAGGCCAACUUGGCCCAAAGCUUGGUCAUGUGGAUGGUCUAAGCAAGAAGGCUCCCAACCAACCAACUUGACUGGCUGCUAAUCCCAAGGAGCCUCCUCGGGUACCUCUUGGUACCUCUUGCACUGACACACUGGUAUCCAGCCAUAAGGACGGGGGUGGGUGGUGAAAUCAGUCUAUCACAGCGCUCCCAGUCCUCCACAGAGAGGUACUGAUGAAAAUCUGAGGACUCUUGCCUGUCUGGCUGAAUGAAACACUAGAUUCUGCAAAAAAUGUUCCCACCCGUCUUGGGAAAACAUUUUGUUCUUAUGCUUCAUAGCAACUGCCAGCACUUUGAACUAGCUGCUGAAGCUCACGUGUGGUUCCGGCCCACACCUCAGACCUGGAAUAGUCUGAGCCGUCUUUCUGUCACAUCUGUUGGCUCACACAGCUUCAGUCCUUUCUAGUAGCUAUGAAAAGAACCUCCAACUUUUCCUCAUUUGCUGCCUGUGUGAGGUGGGACCAUGAGGGGAGAAUUCCCAUCAGAGAUCUGGAAGUAAAGAGGCCUUGCUGUCCCAGCCCAAGCCCGACAAAUCCAGACCCACAGGGUUGCCAAGGACAGACCACAUAAGGGAGAGCCAGUGGCUGUUUGAGGCACACAAUAAAUGCCCAAAACUUG